AUGGCCACUCCAGAGCAAUGUGAAGAGACAGAAGCAGUUCAUUUCCGCCGGCAAGCCGAAACCUGUUGGCAGCUCUUCGCAGAUGACAUUAUUAUCCAAGACAUGCCAAGCGGGGGCGUUGCCAUCCGGACAUUAGCGAUGUCCCAGGGGAAAUUGAACCGAGCCGUUCGGGUCGGACUUGGAUCUGAGAUUCACCCCAGCCCGUUCGCACCUUCGUCUGCUACCCAGGACCUGUGUCUUUAUUUGGCCAAAAUCAACAAUCGAGUUGCUGGCACUGCUGCUCUUGCGAUUCUGGAAACUCGCAUGGGAAAAGUAGCUCACCUCUACCUAGAUUGUCCAUUGUCCGAGUACCGCGGCCAGGGGGUACACCUGGCACUCAUUAGGGCGCGGCUACAGGAUGCCCAGCAACUCGGGGUCCACCUGGCAACCGCUAUCACUAGAGUCGGAAGUGGGAGUGCGCGAAAUGUGGAACGGUCAGACAUGCAGCUGGCGUACACGACGACAGUGUUCACCAAAGAUAAGUCAUGA